GUGUAUAAGGAUUAUUCUCACUUCAACAAACGGCCCAAACAGUCGAACACCAGUUGCCUGGUUAUAUCGAAGUACUAAUGGAAAGACACACAGAAAUAGCAGAAUAUACUCCAGAGAAGACUGCAAUGGAUUCCAGUGAAUUUACAAAGACAGACAAAAUGUUUUCACAUAAGGACAUCCCGCAGAUUGUCCAGUUAUUCAGAGAGGCUGAUGCAGACGGAGGUGGAGGCCUUGAUAUGGAAGAGUUUUGUGGAGCGAUGAGGAAGUUAUAUGGUGACGUUGAUAAAGAAGAACUGAUUGCCCUCCACAUGCAAGUUGACGCAAACUGUGACACCACUGUGGACCUUGGUGAGCUAAUGGACUUCCUAUUGAAUAAAAAUAAGGCGUCAGAAAGCAUGGAUUAUAAAAAUCAAGCCUUUCCCAAACCUAUCACCAAGAUACCUGUGGAUCACUGUAAAGCAAUCAUUCGUCUGCUUUUCAUUCCCUACGAGGAUGGCAGGGAAACUGAUCAGGAUUAUGAGGAAUUAACAGGACAAACAAGAAGUUACCAGAGAGGUAAGUACCUCUCCAUCAGCUCGGAUGGUAUUCUCAAAGCCUGGAGUGACAGCUUUGACAUGCAAUACAUGGCUGCAUUAUACAAAACCAAAAAGACACUUCCUUUUUCACACAUCAACAAAAUGUGUGUUCGUGACAUGGUGUACCUCAGAGAACUGAAACAGCUGGCUGUCUCCACUUCUGACAGGGAACUGUUAUUCUAUGACUGCAAUGACUUCCCUGAGAUGUUUAAAAUCAGUCACUCUUUAAUAGUAGAGGACAACAUAGUGAACGCCAUGAACUACUGGUCCAAAGACACUAAAGCAGUGUUUUCCUUUGGUGAUGUAAAAGGCUUUUUGUCUGUGUUUAUCUCCUACAACGUAAAGAAAAACGGUCUCUUCUGCCCAGAGCUGUACGACAAAAUCUCCCUGCGGUCGUAUAAAACAGUUUGUGUUUCAGCCCUGUUGAAGAAAACAUCUAAGGACUUUCUAUGUGUUAAAGUCCCUGUCUUUAAUGAUAUGUGCAUGACGAUCCAAUAUUUUACAUCACUCAACUCAUUUGCCAUCUGCGGUAAUUCAUCCAAGACAAUGGUCCUUGCUGGCCUACCCAAGUCUUCCAGAACCAAAGUCUCUAAAAAAGUCUUCAAGAGCCGCGGAGACAAUGAGUUUUUCACAUGUGUUGAAUACUCCCCUUCAGCUGAGUGUCUGGUGACUGGUGGUACAGAUGGCUUGCUGCGGGUGUGGUUUCCCCACAAAACCAUGUCAUGCGAACAGGAAUUAACAGGACAUGUCAAACCCAUCACCUGCAUUUCAUUCAACCCCAUAGACAAAAUAUUUGUCAGUCUAUCGGAGGACAAGAAUGUACGCGUGUGGUCCGAGGACGGCUGGAUGUGUAGACAAAGCUUCCAGGCUCAAGACAUGGGGAGGGCCCCAAUCUCCAGUGUGUGUUAUAACAUACAUAACAAUGAGUUAGUCCUGGCUAACUCGGAUAUAGGAAAAUAUCUUGGAAGAGGAACAGACGUUUUCAAAGAAACCUUAACAUCCCACGACAAGCCCCUUUGCGGUGCUCUCUAUCACAGCAUCUUCAAACAGGUUGUCUCUGUUUGCCAAAACGGUGUGGUGACAGUGUGGGAUAUCGUAACAGGAAAGGCCGUCAUGCAGUUCAAGGUGACUCCGGGUCAGAAUGAGGGGCUCACUGCCAUGUCCUUUGAUGAAGCGCAACGCAGACUAAUCACAGUUUCCCAGGAUGGGAAAUUGAGACUGUGGAACUUUAACAACGGCACAGAGCUCGGCGUUCUUCCUGUAACUGUGCCGAGGGAGGUGACGGGUAUUGCCUGCAUUAACAACAGAGUGUUUGUCUCUGGAGGAAACUCCAAGAGGAUGAUUUUUGACCUGGAUUUAGAGGAACAGGACAACAGAUUUUUGGAGCAUGAUUAUUUAAAUGACAUUUCCUCAAUGGAUGUGCACGAAAAUACGCUGGUUACCGCCUCCAGCAAUGGAAAUAUUGUUAUCUGGGAUGCUGAGACUGCCGAGGCUCUCUGCUGGUUCAAUCCCAGUGAGGGCCCUCGAGUACACAUGGCAGGAAGAAAAGAUCAAGGCCGGACAGGGAGUCUACCUGUUGAUAAGAGCAUACAUAAAAAAUCUACAACUCUGACUGGAAAUAAGACUACCAGUCCUCUUAUCUUAUGUCUGAAGACAAGGGAGGUCAAUAUUGACACAGCCACACUGCUGAUUUCUGCAGAUGGCUACAUCAAUGCCUGGUCUGUUAAUGUCAAAGGAGGUCUGUUAGGAAAGUUCAGGGCAGUAAAUUAUGAAGGUGCCGUCAUUACCGCCAUGUCGACUGAUGUCAAUGAACAGAUUUUACUGACUGGGGACAGUACCGGAAAGAUUUAUCUGUGGGACAUUCAGGAAUUCGGGUUAAAAAAACAGGCAGACAAAGGGCCAUUUGAGGAUAUACAUGGGUGGCGUGUGUCACUGUGUCCACCUCCUCUGUUGGGCUCCUGGCGAACUCACUUCACAGGGGUGGUGAGUGUUAAAUGUGACCCCGCUUGUGAAAACAUAAUUACUGCGGGGUUGGACUGCAAUGUCCGGCUAUGGACAAAUACAGGCUGCUGUGUAGGCCUCUUUGGGAGAGACCAAUGGGGUGCUACGCAACUCAGCCCUGAGAAGAAUGCUGAACAGCAGGAGCCAGAAAGACCAAGCACUGCAAAGACAAGAAACUCUCAUAUACCAUUCCCUGAGUCUCCAAGGUCUUCAUCACCCACAUCUCCGCUCCCAAACUUUGACGACCUAUAUGAACAAAUUAGAGAGGUAACCAAAACACCUGAGGUUACGCCAACACUGACUUUUGAUCAACUAGUAACUGAAUAUAAACAGCUGAUCAAGUACAAGCNAAGUUUUGACCAAAUAAAAGAUAUGUGGAUGUUGGGGAAUGAAAAUACUCCAUCACCAUGUCCUUCAAAAACCACGCCAGCCAGGGGGUCAGAUCACACCUCAGACCAUGUACACUUUCCAACCAUCCCUGAUAGGAUUCAACUCACAAAAUGUCAGACCCAGUUGAAAACGCAUCCAACUCAGACUCAGCUCUUCAGAGGUGGCACUUACCCAAAACAAAGCACUCCUCAGACAGGGUCUCCGAAUUUAAACCACACUAGGUCCAAAUAUGGACGUGUGUUCAAGACUCGGCAGAGAGACUCAUUAAAAGGAAGUGUCCUCACACCAUGUCCACCAAACUCCCUGCCAGGAGAACAGGGGUCUGAUCACAGAUCAGAGCAGGUACACUUGCCACCCAUCCCUGAUAGGGUUCAACUCACACAUCGUUAGACACAGUUGAGGCCACAUCCACCUCAGACCACUUCCCUCAUCCCUUCAUCCUUUCAUCCCUUCAUCCCCUCAUAUCUGCUCCCAUCAUCCUUUCAUCCCUUCAUCCCCUCAUAUCUGCUCCCAUCAUCCUUUCAUCCCUUCAUCUCCUCAUAUCUGCUCCCUUCAUCCUUUCAUCCCUUCAUCCCCUCAUAUCUGCUCCCAUCAUCCUUUCAUCACCCAUCCCUGCUCCCUUCAUCCCCCAUUUCUUCUCCCCUCAUCCCUUCAUCCCCUCAUCCCUCCUCCAGUCUUCUCCACAGCAUGUCUACCAAACACCCUGCCUAGAGAGCUGGCGUCUGAUCACAGAUCAGAGCAGGUACACUUGCCACCCAUCCCUGAUAGGGUUCAACUCACACAUCGUUAGACACAGUUGAGGCCACAUCCACCUCAGACCACUUCCCUCAUCCCUUCAUCCUUUCAUCCCUUCAUCCCCUCAUAUCUGCUCCCAUCAUCCUUUCAUCCCUUCAUCCCCUCAUAUCUGCUCCCAUCAUCCUUUCAUCCCUUCAUCUCCUCAUAUCUGCUCCCUUCAUCCUUUCAUCCCUUCAUCCCCUCAUAUCUGCUCCCAUCAUCCUUUCAUCACCCAUCCCUGCUCCCUUCAUCCCCCAUUUCUUCUCCCCUCAUCCCUUCAUCCCCUCAUCCCUCCUCCAGUCUUCUCCACAGCAUGUCUACCAAACACCCUGCCUAGAGAGCUGGCGUCUGAUCACAGAUCAGAGCAGGUACACUUGCCACCCAUCCCUGAUAGGGUUCAACUCACACAUCGUUAGACACAGUUGAGGCCACAUCCACCUCAGACCACUUCCCUCAUACCUUCAUCCCUUCAUCCCUUCAUCCCCUCAUAUCUGCUCCCCUCAUCUCUGCUCCACUCUCCUCCACACCAGGUCCACCAAACACCCUGUCUGGAGUGCUGGGGUCUAAUCACACAUCAUCAGACCCAGUUGGAGCCACAUCCCCCUCAGACCACGCUCACAACUGGCUGCUCUAACGCUUCAACGAACUCACCAAGAUUCAUCCAGGAAG